AAAAAAAAAAAAAAGUUGCACCAUUUUUAUCUCACAUUCCUCUGAGCGGAUGGCCAUUUGUCAAACCGAGUCGCUGACAGUCCGGUUAUUUAAAGACGCUUGUUGCUGUGUGGCCUUAAGCCGUCAACGCAGAUGUCACCGCCGAAAACAUUCAAAGGAAUUAUCCUGAAAGAUCACAUUCCAGCCUUAUAGAGAGAGAGAGUUACCAACCGGUUUUAAGUUCCUUCACAACAGACCAAUGAGGCUUCAUUUCCUGUUUGCCAGCUAUUCUACAUUAGGGGCUUUUCUCACACGGCCUCAUAAAUGAUGUUACACCCACAGAAGCUAUGCGGAGGAAAACCGGGAGCAUUUGCCUCCUCUCAUCGAGAACAAUAGAUCUGCUCGCAGCUCUGGCACUCUGAGACUUCGAGACGUGUUGACGCUAAAAAAAAAAGGCUUCCUCUUUUGAGCCGAGCGUUUCUUAAAUGCAAGGCGAUUAUCAUGUCUCUCCCAGAGGAGGAUCUGACGUGUCCCGUGUGCUGCGACAUCUUCAGGGACCCCGUCCUGCUGCCGUGCAGCCACAGCUUCUGCAGGAGCUGCCUGAAGCGAUGGUGGGACACGAGGAUAAGGGAAUGUCCGGUUUGCAGGAGGAAGGGGUCCAAAUCCCCUCCGCUCUCCAACUUGGCUCUGAAAAACGUCUGCGAGGCUCUGCUGCAGGUGAGGAGGCAGGACUCGCAGGAGGAGCAGGUGAGGUGCGGCGUGCACGGGGAGAAGCUGAAGCUUUUCUGCCUGGCUGACGAACAGCCCAUCUGCGUGGUGUGCCAGGCUUCCAAGCUCCACAAAAGCCACGACUGCUCCCCCAUCGAAGAGGCAAUUCUGGAGUGCAAGAACAAGCUGGAGUUCACGCUGAAAAGCUUGCAAAGCAAAAUGGAAAACCUCAAGAGAAUGUACGGAAGCUCCGCCGACAUGUUCACAUACGUUAAGUAUCAGACACUGGAAACUCAAAAAAAGAUAAGGAGCCAGUUUGGGCAGCUACGUCAAGCCCUCUGCGACGAAGAAUCGGCCAGAAUAGAAGCCGUGAAGAAGGAGGAAGAGGAGCGGUCUGCAGCAAUCAAAGAGAAAAUGAACGAGCUCUCGGCGGAAAUGCUGUCGGUCAUGGAGACCAUGUCUGCCGUUGAAGGACAACUGAAGGAAAAUGAUAUGACUCUGCUGAAGAACUUCAAAGCCACGCAGGACAGGGACAGAGACACGGUGGAUGGUUUAGAUGACAUGUCCGGCUUACUGAUGGAUGAGACGAAACACCUCUCCAACCUGAAAUACAGCGUCUGGGAGAAAAUACUGGACAACGUCGACUACACUUCUGUCACUUUGGAUCCCUGCACCGCACACCCGUGCCUCGUCCUAUCAGAAGACCUCACUUCCCUCCACUACUCCAAGCAGCCCAGCUCCUGCCCUGACAACCCGGAGCGCUUCCACGUGAGCGCAGAGGCGGUGGGCUCGACCUCGCUCGGCUCAGGAAACCACCGCUGGGUCGUGGAAACGGGAAGCAAUCAGGACUGGCUCCUGGGCGUGGCCUCAUUGUCCACGCCGAGGAACGCCGAGGUCGCAGCUCGGCCUGAAAACGGCUUUUGGACUUUGUGCUUCCGGGACGGAGAGCUGCGGGCCAUGAGCUCACCUCCCACCCCGCUGACUGUUGCGAGUAAGCCCGGGCAGGUCAGAGUCCAGCUGGAUUACAACAAGGGAAGCGUGUCCUUUUUUGACCACGCGGACAACUCUCUUCUGUAUGAGUUCACGCAGACGUUCAAAGAGCCUUUAUUACCAUAUUUUUACACACAGAGCAGUCACCCUCUGAGAAUAAUGCCUGAGAAGGUCCUUGUCACUGUGUUGAGGCAGUAAGCAGCUAUGUUUUUUUUUUUUUUUUUUUAAAUAGUUUUCCUGAUCCUAUAAGUUUGCCUUCCUGUGCCAAAAUUCUGGACUCAAACCCUAAAAAAAGUUUAAGCACAAAAACUUCCAGCUUUAAGAUCAAACCAAAUCUCACUUCUUCAACUUUAUCCACAUUAUGCCAUGUUAAAAAAAAAAAAAGAAAUCUGUGUAUUUUACCAGGAUUUUAGGCGGUGCAUAGUUUUAAGGGGACGGAAAAGGAAACGGGGAUGUUUUUUUUUAUUUUUUUAAAAGAGAGGAUUUACUAAUGAAAUCUGAAGAGUGUGGGAUGAUUUUUAUAUUUUAGCCCCCUGUCUUUACUUGGAGGAACCAGUUUUUUCUGCGGUGACAGCUGCUGGAAGUCAAACCUUCACCCCACGCCUUUUGUUUCCUAACCGGAUUUUCUUACACCUGAUGGAAGAAAACCAUCCCCUCAUCAUGAUGCUGCCACCGUGGUUUACUGUGAAGGUCAAGGUUAUUUUUUUCUGCCACAUAUAGCCGGGCCACAUUUUCCCCCAGGGGACUUGGUUUUGCACAGCUUUUUGAUUUAGGGUAUCAGAGUAAAGGGGGCUGAACUGAAUAUUGUUUGCAACAAAAGGGAGAGCGCAACAAACAAAGAUUUUCCUUCAUUUCACAGUUAUGCGCUGCUCUGUGUUGGUCUGUCAUAGAGCAAAGGGGGAGACGGGGCCUUCUCAAUGGUAGCUCUCCCCCCUCUAAUCUAGAUCUCUGUUGAGAUUUUUCAAAUUCAUGUAAAAUCGCAUCUCUUUUACAACUGCUUUGACAGCACUUUGUGGUCUGUCUGAAAAAAGGUUCAAGAUAAAUGAAGUUUACUUCUACUUACUUACAUUAGCAUCCAAAUGAAACACAUUUACCACAUCUGUGGUUCUAGCAUGACAGAAGGUGAAAAUGUCUAACGGCUAUCAAUAGUUUUGCUGGGGCCCGUAUAAUACGGCUUGGACUUUCGUCUUACCUGUUAAAACCUAUGAACCCCGGUUGUUCAUCUUGCAAUAAAUGGUUGGUCAUUGCUGCUCCAUCCGGAUAACGAGCUGCGCUGACUGUGGUAAACAACGCUGAGUGCCGGUUUGCUCUAAAUAAACACUGAAAUGGCUGCAUGAAGAGAUUUGUGUGUUUAGUUCAGGGGUCUAGACCUGCAGCUCCAGAGGACCAAAAAUAUAUAUUGGAGCAGAUACACUUAAAAAGGGACUCAGAAAGGUUUUUAUAAAUAAUACGUAAUUACUAAUUAGAACAAAAUCCACACUGGUUUUAGUUGAUUUUCUGUGUUUUUAUACAACAUUUGGACGGAAUUACUAGAACCGAAUUAAUAGUUUGCAAAAUUUCUUUACCAUAAUUUGACUCUACAAUAAAGAAAAUGUAUUGAUUUUCACUUUGUGUAGGUUUCAUGCUUUUCUUUAUUGUGAAACAUGAAACGAAAGAUAAAAUGGGGAUCCUUUAAUUUAAAAACUCCAAACAAAACUUUAAAAACUAUAUUUUAUUGAAGGAUUAUGUCACUUUUUGAAUUACCCUCUUUGGAAUAAAAAUGUUUAGACUCCUGAUUUAGUUUUUAGCAGGGACGCAAACUGAACUAAAUAUUAUGAAUUCUAUUCUAAAUAUGUGAAUGUAUUAAUAUUUGGUAUGUUGCUUAGAAGAAGGGAUAGUGGUUCAGAUUUCUUGCUCAUAAAUCAGAAAUAAAACAAAUACGGUUUAUUCA